AUGCAACUCUGUUAUGGUUGCCGGCAUGCUUUCCCCGCCUCCUCGCUUGAACCAUGUGUCUUCAGCGAUAUCAUUUCUGACCGCUUCGAUGAAAUACAUAAAAUUGUCAAGGAGAUGAACACAAAAACGCCGGAGGAAAACCACCGAGUCGCAAAGCUGCAGAUGGCACUAAGGGAGCUGCACUCGGCCGUUCACCAAGAGAUAAGUGCCCUCAAGGAGCAGAAGGCAAAGUUGGAGGCUUCGCGUCAGCGCGAUCGGCAGGAAAUGGAUCUGGGCAACCAAUCUCGUCUGUCCAAUCUGCAGGACACCAAUGCCAUGUUGAAUACACAAACCAUGGGGACCAAUCUUUCUCGGUCAAACUUUGUCAAAUCAACUCCCAGAGCCACAUUUAAUGGCAUGGUUCCAACAUAUAAACUACGAAAAAUGAACUCCGCACUAGAUUUAGUCUCGGCCAUUAUAUACUCCGUGGUGGAAAGUUUGGCUAUUCGCACUCGUGCGGCUGUGGCGAUGUUAUGGUUGCCACCUCCUGGGGUUGUUUCCACGGAGCUUGUGGCACCUUUUGUCGUGGGACGUGACAUGUCAAAACUCUGGAACUCUGCGCCAUACCGCGUAUCCGAGAAUUCUGUGCCGUGUCUUGUAAGUGAGACUGGAAUUGCAGUGAAUCUAAAACCAUCUCAAAGGAUAAGCGACUCCAAAUUAUCAGAAAAUGUCCCCAUAAUGGAGUUGAUUGAAAUGAAAAACACCGCACAACUCAUAGUUCCUGUUUACACGCGUUAUGGAGCAAUUCAGCGCUCUGUGCUCGCUGUGUUGCAUCUUAUAGGCGAUCCAGUUUUCCCGUAUCCAUUUGGGCUUCGCAAUGAAGAAAUGGCGGUACAGACAGCUGCCACACUAUCUGUCAUAUUAUCCUCCUAUUACGAGACAAUGGGUGGAGAAUGGGCUAAUCGUAUUUACGAUCCGUUGUUACUGGUCAGCAGCGCAGCGUAUCAUGGUGGCCUUGACAUGAGGAGCAUGGAAAAGUGUAUUGACGACUUUGCCCCACCGGCAACGCUCAUCUAUCGCUGUAAGAAUGAUAAGAAGGAUGAUGAUGACGCCCGUGAGGUGAUAAAAACACUGAGGUAUGCCAUGAUGAAGCGUGCGGUUUCGCGAAAAGCGGUGUGGUCUGUGAAGGACCUGCACCGGUUUGCGACAAAUAUGGAGCAGAAUUGGAUUUCUGUACUGAAUACAAACUCUGAGAUGGAAUUGAAGAUGAUUGGCUUGGAGGAAAAAGUCUUGCGAGGUGGUCUGGAAAGGGGACAACCUCGACCAUUGUCUCGACAGGAUAUUGCGUCCCACACAAUUUCUGACACUUCGGCUGCUGGACGUCCGGUGAGCUCUUCCGCAAUUUCAGUAUGCGCAUUGCCGCCAAUGUUUGAUAAAUCAAAAGCUCUGAAGCCGGAACAAGUGACUGAAAUUGAAGCAAACGCAUUGCAGCGUUUGCAGAAAAUGGGGGUUGAUACAGCGCCCUUUGUGAUGCCUAAAGAGGCGGAAGAUGUAGAUUUCGUUUGA